CGCUCCACCCGCGCCGGCGCUGCUCCUAAAACCGCCCGGAUUAAACCCUAGCAGCGAUUCCUCUCCAGUCUCGUCUCCAGCAGUCCAGCUCGAUCGCGAUCGGCGACCAGCAGUAAUCCAUGGCCGCCCCCACUGCCGCGCCGCUCGACGAGGGCAAGGCGAAGAAAGUCCUUCGCCAGGUGGAGUUCUACUUCAGCGACAGCAACCUCCCCCGCGACAAGUUCCUGCGGGAGACGGUCGAGCAGAGCGACGACGGAUUGGUGAGCUUGCCCUUGAUAUGCUCCUUCUCGCGGAUGAAGUCCCACCUGGGGCUGGAUGCAGAUGUGAAGGCCGAGACUCUCCCAGAGGAGACCGUGCUUGCGGUUGCUGAGGUGCUCCGCCGUUCUCCGGUCCUCCGUGUAUCGGAGGAUGGAAAGAAGAUUGGUAGAGCUAGUGAACUCUUGAAGCCAGAUGAGAUCAUAGAACAAGUAGACUCUAGGACCAUUGCUGUAUCUCCACUUCCUUACAAUGUAAAGCUGGAAGACGUCCAAUCUUUUUUCACAAAUUAUGCAAAGGUAAACAGCGUGAGACUUCCACGCAAUAUUGUCAACAAAAAACACUUCUGCGGGACAGCUUUGGUUGAGUUUUCUGAAGAAGAGGAAGCAAAAAGUAUUAUGGACAGUUCUUUAGUAUUUGCAGGGGCAAAUCUGGAAAUAAGGCCAAAGAAGGAGUUUGAUGCCGAACAGGAGUCCAAAAAAGAAGCAUAUGAAAAGGAACGCCCUAGAAAGGACAACCAGGAUGAAGGCUAUCCAAAAGGUCUAAUUGUGGCCUUCAAAUUGAAGAAGACCACGGUUGAUUCUGUGGUGCAGCAAGAUAACAUAGAUGAACGGAAUGACUCUGCCACGAAAUUAGAAGAUUCCAGUUCCAUGGAAAAACUCUCUGGCCAGGUGCCAGAGUCCACCCUUGAGAGCGAUGGUACUAAGCAAGGGAAGUCCUCAGAUGAAAUUACCAAAGAGAAAGAACUAAACACUGCAGAAGCUACAGAAUCUGAGAAGUGUAUUGGUGAUGCCCCGGUAGAAAGUGAGAAACAUGGUGAUAGUGAAUCAUUGAGCAGGGAUGGCAAAAGCAUUUCUGGCAAUGUGAAUGCGAAGAACCAAAUAUCAAGGGAGGAUCUAAAAGAAGCAUUCAAAAAAUUUGGAACUGUUCGGUAUGUGGACUUCAGCAUCGGGGAUGAUUCAGGAUACCUUCGCUUUGAAGAUUCUAAGGCAGCUGAAAAGGCCCGCAUGUCUGCUGUACUUGCUGAUGAAGGUGGCUUCAUAAUUAAAGACCACAUUGUUACUUUGGAGCCCGUGACUGGUGAAGCUGAGAAGGAUUAUUGGAACAGAAUUCGCGGUAUUCAAGGAAAGUACAAGGAUAGUAGAAGCUACAAGGGAAGGGCUUUAAAGAACCAGAGAGGAGGAAAGCAUUUCAAUGGGAAGCGAGAUAGAAACCCCGAUUCGGAGAAGAAUUCUAACAAGGCCCAGAAGGUUGAAGCUGCUGCGUGAAGUUAACUUAGGUACCUUAGCUCGACUUGAGAAGUAACAUGUUAUGCCAGCAUGAUCGACUUCACUAGUCUCUAAGUUUGGCUAUCAUUUUUAUUUUGGUCGUUUUGCCACCUUACUCGAUGUUUAUCUCUAUGCUAUAAUCCUUUUGUAAUGGCUUUACUGUGUUAUGGGGUCACCCAAUGGCGUGUAAAUUGAACGCACCAAGUUUAGGCUUCCCUUACGAAACUGUAUAGCCUUUCUAUUCUUCCACUAGCAAAUUUGCCCACUUGUCUCGAUUAUGUGAUGUCUCUUGA